GGGGGUGAUGCUGUCAGCAGGGGGUGAGAAUCCCCUCUGUGCACCUCCAGCCUGGACAGCCAGGGAGGGUCCUGUCCGUGCUUUGUAAAGCAGUGAAUGGAACUGUGCAUCCUGCAAGUGAUGGGGUGCAGAGCAGGGAUUUAAGCAGCUGGAGGUGGUUUCCUCCAUUGUCAGUGUGGGGGGAAAUACUCCAAAGGGGCAGAUGUGGUCUACCUGCAGUGCCGUGAUGCCAAGCCAUAGGGCUGCCUCCUGUCCCCGCUGUCCCUCCCGUGCUCUGGGUGAUGCUGAACUCUUUAGGUGGGGAUCUGUGGGUCUGCAGUGUUUGUAUAAGGAGCAAAACAUCUUGUUUGCUGCCCUCAGCUUGCGCAUAUCGCGUAAAUGAGAAGCUUGUGGCUUUGCAUGGAGCUGAGUGUCCUUGUCCCCCAUGCUGUGAGCGAUUAGGGUGGGAGAAGGGAGAAUUUGGGGUCCUUGAGGAUGUGCAGCAGUAAGGAUGUCAAGGUGCUGUUCUCACUGCGUUGAUGGGGUUGGCCCGGCUGUGACGGAUGUGGGAGGGCUGGAGGGAGGCCCUAGGGAGGGCUGGUCUCCCAGCUGAGGAUUGCUGCUUCCCCUCCCUCCACUUCCGUGCCCAAGCUGCUGGCUGGUCUGCCUGCCAGUGAGACACCAGCCCCAAGAUGGCUGUUCCAUGCUACCGGGGCUGGUGAGUGCUCCCUACGAGGUGGAAGGGGAUGGAUUUGCUUUGUUGGAGCUGCACUGGGUCAAGGAGGAAGCUGCAGGAGUGACUCAGCUGGGCCAUUCACGCUGGAUCCUAUUAGGCUCCAGAGUGAAUAUCUUCUGUCUGUACCUCUCCCACCCAGAAGACCCUCCUGCCUACCUCAUGCUGUGCUGCCAUCCAGGUCUGAUGCAGCCCCUUCUGUGCUCUGACACAAGGAUUUCAGGAUGGUUUAGGCGGCUCCUGCAGAAGCCCAAGCAGAGCUCCAUCCACACAUCGAGCAGCUCUCACAGCAGCACCAGCCACUCACUUUCGUCCUCACCCUCCUCCUUCUCCUCCUCCGCCUCUGCUUGGAGCUCCAGCUCCUCCAGCAGCACCAGCACAGCUCAGCCUGGCCGCCCAGCCCCAGUGGACAUCAGCUCGAGCAGCGCACGCUGGGCGAAGAGCUAUGAUGUGUGCAUCUGCCACAGUGAGGUGGACCUGGAGUUUGUGGAGGAGCUGGUGUCCUACCUGGAGAGCCAACCCCAGAGCCUGCGCUGUUUCCUGCAGCUGCGGGACAGCGUGGCGGGCAGCGCUGUCAUGACAGAGCUGUGUGAGGCUGUGCAGAACAGCCACUGCUGGGUGAUGCUCAUCACCCCCAGCUUCCUGCAGGACCCCUGGUGCAGGUACCAGAUGCAUCAGGCACUGGCAGAGGCCCCGAUGGCCAACGGGCGUACCAUCCCUGUGCUGAAGGACAUUGACAGGAAAGAUUACCCCAAGGAGCUGAGGAACCUCUACUACAUCUACACGGCUCUCAAGGAGAACAGCUUCAGGCAGAUCAGGGACACUGUGCUGCGCUAUCUGGAAGAGCUGUGCCGGAGCUCCACGAGUGGAAUGGAGUAGUGCCCACCGAGGGCACUUGUGUCUGAGCGAAGCUAGAGGCAUUUCCAUGGGCAUUUCAGAGCAAUAGGACAAAGUGGUGCCACUGGGGCCAGAGCCGAAGAUCCCUCACGUCACUGCUGGGCUGCCAUCGUGCCUGCCCAGCUCCACUGUGCUGAGGGCUGGGGCUCCAUGGGGACAAGGCUGGGGACAGUGCAUCACUCGAGCACGUCACGCAAACACUAAACUCCCACCAGGGAAAGCAAGGGAGGACUCUGCAGCAUCUUCUGAAGAUGGGGGCACUCAGGGUGCCUGGGGCCUCCUGUGCAAGCUGACACCAUGAGGAGCCUGCAGCUGGAGCACGUUUGUGCUGUGGGACAUCAUGUUGCACAUUGUAUGAGGAGAAAUGCACAAGUCUGAUUUUUAA